AUGCCUUCCGACAAGAUCUCUUCGCCCAUACUGGGAAAUAUCGCUGAGCUCUGCAUCGUCUCUAGCGAUGUCUAUGCCACGAUCGAUGGGUUCACCAAGAUCGGCGUAGGCCCUUUCCAAGUAUUCGACUUCACGUCGUCAACUGUCACAGGACAGGAGCUAUAUGGGAAACAAGGCGCAGACCUCUUCCGUAUCAAAGUGGCAUUCGCAAAGCAGAAAUCUCUUGCGAUAGAGAUUAUGCAGCCAACUGGAGGCAAUUCUCCGAUGCAGGUCUAUCUUGAUCAGAAUGGAGGACGCCAAGGUGUGCAACAUGUUGCAUGGGACAUGGGUGAUUCGCCGAUGGAGGAAAGACAGCGAAUCAUGAAGGAGAAAGGAUUUGAACCUGUUAUGCAAGGGAGAUGGCUGGGGAAGAAAGGAACUUGUCAUUUCUGCUUCUUCGAUACUCUAGAGAAAGGUAUUGGGACUAUGUUUGAGACGAUCGAGUUUAGUGGCGAUUGGGAGGAUCCAGAGCAUGAGUGGUAUCCGCACGCGCCGGAGGAAGGAAUUGAAGAACGGGCAAGUUCAAAGAAUGAUAGUUGA